AUGGCGCGGAGAAACCUUGCGAAUCGCCAGAAGGUCCAACCCUCACGUCGUGACACCGCUUCUUCGAUGCACUCCUCUUCCUCGAAGGCAGAGCGCAGUGGACGCUCUCAAGGGCAUCCCGUCGUCGAGUCAGCGGUGACGCGUCUUUUAGUCGCUAUCAAGCAACUCCUCGAAUCCCUAACCCUAUGGAGCGAAUGCAAGAUAGACGAGAUGCAGGUCAGCGACGUUUAUGUCCGCCUCGGAAACGACUUCAAUGCCGCAGUCGCUGCUUUUGCCGCAUUCAACAUCGAUAUGGCGGACCUCAUGUCCGUACCAGAAGAUCUGCGUGAGGUCCUUGAGACCUGCUUGGCCGAGGACGCAACUCCAGACAACCUCCAGAUCUAUCUUCCCAAAGUACGACAAAUCAUCACUCAACUUCUUCAAGGUCUUCGCGGCAAGCAGUCCAUGUAUCGACGAAUAGUUCAAGAGCACCAGCACCGGCACCGCUCAGCCCAUUCUCGCACCGAUAGUCGCUCUUCGAAAGCCGAAAAAUCUUCGUCAAGGCGAGACGGAGAAGCCAAGCACAGAUCUCACCCCUCGAGGGAAGCCUCAGAAGUCGACCGGCAAGAUACUGGGGCUUCUGUCUCCACAAGACAUUCUACACGAUCUUCACGUCACCAUGAGUCCCAUCAGCCGCCUCCGGUCUUUCAAGAGCCAGACGAUCCUCCGCCGCCGCAGAGCGACCAUAUUAAUGGUGGUCCUACACCUCAGCAACAACCUGCCGAGCUCCCCUCAACCCAGGACUCGACGGUUGCUAAACCUCCUGACCAUUCUCCCCCUAUGUCCCGGAAGUCCAUGGACCGUGCCAGCGUACCCCUCAGCCCAGACCAGUCUAUCGAAGCUGUGCCGCCCUCGGUGAAGCGGUAUUCUCUCGUGGACAAGCCGAUGCCAUCACCUCAGGUUCCCGCGGUGGUUGUUGAAGAACCUCAGGGCAGCUCCGAAGAAGGCGGAGACCGGUAUGACGCAUCCUCUCCGCUCGGCACACCUCCUUCUUCGGAAUCUCUGCAAACGCCAGGAGUAGCCAGCUCGCUGGCGGCCCUCAAGAAGAGCGAAGCUCUUGAGCGCCGAGCGUCGAAACGUUUCUCGACAUACAACAUAUCCAAGAUCACGGGUAGCGGUCCAAAAGGAGGAAGUGGACGCCAUACAACAAACAGGCGGUCGCUGGCGGUCUCAUCGGCGCUGACGCCAGGUGAAUUGGCUGUACUGACUGAGUGUGAGGAACCAUUGAAUGAGGUACGGCAAGAGCAGAGUGGGCGUUCCUCUAGAUCGACGCACUCACCAGCGCCGGAUGCGCCCCCUGUGCCACCUUUGCCGCCAAUAGCUGAAUCACCUGUCACAAUACUGGAAUCACCAAAGAGGUCUCUUGCGAAGGAGAUCACCUAUGACGAACCCGCAGAACCUGUAACUAGCCCGAGCCCGACAGCCAUAACUGUUUUCCUCCAGGUGGGGAGAGAAGUCAAGAAGGCUACCAUCGAACCUGGUCUUACAUUCUCGUCACUACGCGUCUUGUUCGUCGACAAAUUUUCCUACAACCCAGGCUUAGAGAAUUUCCCUGCGAUAUAUAUUCGCGAUCCGUCGAGCGGUGUGCAGUAUGAGCUUGAAGACAUUGAUGAGGUUCAGGAGAAGUGCCUAUUAUCACUGAAUAUCGAACCUCUCGAUCAAAUCAAGCAGCAUAUUGAUUCUCAGAUAUCCACAUUGGCGCAAGACCUGAAGGAACUGAAGGCUUUGACCGCUAACAAUCGCAGAAUGUCACAAAUAACACUCAUGCCCCAUAAUGACUUUGCCGAGAGCACACCAGCGGCCGACCGCCCAACCGACAAACACUUCGCCACUGUCGCUAGGCGUGUAUCUCGCAUGUUUGGCGGCGAUCAUACUUCGCCGUUCAUCAUGCCGCAGGCGACAGGGCAGUCGCUUCAGCUGCAACCUCAAAUGACCGGCGCUUCUGUUGUAUCGGAGUACUCAAGUCGUGUCGUAAAUGAUCUCAAAACGCAGUUCGACGAGGUGCAGAAUCUCCGCCGCGACCUCGGCGCGAUGCGGCAGAUUUACACUGAGUUCAUGACAUCAACGAAGGAAUCUCUGAGCACAUUGCGCGAUCAAACGCAGUCGGUGAAGCAGCUCGCGACCGCCCAGGUCGGCGGUGCACGAGGCUUCAUCGACUCGGGCAAGACGAAACUUGACACACGCAGCCAGAACGUGCUCACGAAGGUCGAGGAACUGCAAGACACAGUCGAGGCACUGCGCGACGAUGUGCUCAGGCGCCACGUCACACCACGCGCACAGUUGCUCAAGACUAUCAAGGAUAGCAUUGCCACGACUGCGGAGGAGCUUGAGAGCCUCAAAGAGCACAUUAACACGAUCAAGCCGAUGUGGAAGAAGACGUGGGAGGAAGAGCUGCAGAAUAUUGUUGAGGAACAGGGCUUCCUCGGACACCAGGAAGAGUUCCUUAAUGACCUUCUGGAAGAUCAUAAAGCGCUCAGCGAGGUGUUGGGACACGUCGAGAAGGUUAUCUCUCUGCGAAAAGCUGCACCGCGCUCCAGCCGCGGGCGCGAUUACAGACCACCGCCGAUGGAGGAGGGUCACACCGGCCUGAGCACGGUGAUGAUGGAGAUCCGUGGUGCGUCCGUGGACCCCGAGCGGCGGUUGAAGGCGAUCGCGGCGAACCAGAAGAGUCGCGAGAAGGAGCUCGCUACACGCUCAGACGAGUUCCAGGACGAGCUCAAGGGGUUUGUGAAGGGGAAGAAGCUCAAGAUGACAGGCGGCGCUGAAGAGGCGGAGCGCGUGCGGCAGAAGCGAAACGACAUGACGCUUAAGGCGAUGUUCGUCCCUAGCUCGUCGCCUUCACCUGGAACAUCGCCAGACUACCCACCUUUACCGGCUUCGCCCUAA